UGUUUCUCUGCUUAUAUGAAUUGCCUCCUCUCAGAUCCCACCCACACCCUGUUGCCUGUUUUUUUUAAGAAAAAAAAGAUAACCCACUUUGGUUUCUUUGUCCUUUCUCAAUACAUCUUCUCCAAUGGAAGUAGGAAGUGUUCUUGACUUUCUUCAGGACAAGACCAUUUUAAUCAUUGGAGCCACUGGCUUUCUUGCCAAAAUUUUUCUGGAGAAGAUAUUGAGGGUUCAACCAAAUGUUAAGAAGCUUUUUCUUCUUCUAAGAGCUUCCGAUGCCAAAUCUGCUAAUUAUCGCUUGCAAAAUGAGAUCUUAGGGAAGGACUUAUUCAAUGUGCUAAAGGAAAAAUUGGGUGCAAAUUUUAAGUCCUUUAUUUCGGAAAAAGUAACCCUGGUGCCGGGGGACAUUUCUUUGGAGGACUGGGGCUUGAAGGAUUCCAUUCUUAGGGAAGAGAUUUGCAAUCAGACAGAUGUAAUUGUCAAUUUAGCAGCAACUACUAACUUUGAUGAAAGAUAUGAUAUAGCGUUGAAUCUAAAUACUUUUGGAGUUAAGCAUGUGAUGAACUUCGCUAAACAAUGUACUAAGCUCAAAGUGCUUCUCCAUGUAUCAACAGCUUAUGUGUGUGGUGAGAGAGGUGGACUCAUUCUAGAGGACCCCUAUCACUUUGGUGAUUCACUAAAUGGAGUGUCAGGACUAGACAUCGAUGCAGAAAAGACAAUUGUGUGCAACAAAUUGGAUGAACUACGAGACCAGGGGGCCACAGAGCGUGAAAUUAAAAUAGCAAUGAAGAACCUGGGUAUUACCAGGGCAAAAGUGUAUGGAUGGCCAAACACAUACGUAUUUACGAAGGCAGUAGGAGAGAUGCUGGUGGAACAAUUAAAAGGAAGCCUAUCAGUUGUUAUUAUGCGUCCUACCAUCGUUACAAGCACAUCAAAGGAACCUUUCCCUGGUUGGGCUGAGGGUGUCAGAACGAUUGAUAGUUUAGCUGUUACAUAUGGGAAAGGAAAAUUAACAUGCUUCCUCGGAGAUAUCAACGGAGUUGUGGAUGUGGUACCAGCUGACAUGGUGGUGAAUGCAAUGUUAGUGGCCAUGGUGGCUCAUGCAAAGCAACCAAGUGAUAUCAUAUAUCAUGUGGGUUCCUCUGUUAGAAAUCCAGUCACAUACCAAAAUCUUCAAGACUAUGGAUUACAAUAUUUCACAGCAAAACCAUGGAUAAACAAGGAUGGAACAGCUGUCAAGGUUGGCAGAGUAACAGUAUUGACAGACAUGGAAAGCUUCAGGAGAUAUAUGUUCAUUCGCUACAUUCUUCCUUUGAAGGGACUUAAGCUGGCCAAUACUGCACUUUGCCAGUAUUUUCGGGGAACGUAUCUUGAGCUCCACAAGAAGAUCCAGGUUGUGAUGCGGAUGGUUGAACUUUACAGGCCUUACAUGUUUUUCGAUGGCGUAUUUGAUGAUAUGAACACAGAAAAGUUGCGAGUGGCAGCAAGAGAAAGUGGGACAGAAACAGAUUUGUUUUACUUUGAUACGAAAGAGAUUAACUGGAAUGAUUACUUUAUGAAGACCCAUCUCCCUGGCAUUGUCAAGUACAUUUUCAAGUGAUGCAUACUUCUAAGUGAUUCAUAAAACUCAAACCUUAUUAAGUUCAAUAUUGUGCAAGAGUGACUGCAUUACAAUAGUGGUGUUGUUUAUUUCUCAAGGUCAAUGCAAUUGGUGUUGGCAUGCUGCCAAUUAAGUUGGAAAAGUUUGAUAGUGUUCCAAUUCCAAAUAUCAUAUAUUUUGCUUUCUCCUACCAUUAAUGAACAGAGGAGUAUUUAUUUUUAAUAUAGUGUUCUCCUUUGCAUUUUA